AUGGCGCAGCCCGUAGAACAAUGGAUCUACGACAUCCCGCCCGUCACUCGUCUUUGGGUAGGCGCUUCUCUAGCAACCAGUCUCCUAGUGGAGUGCCAGGCCGUUGCCCCGUUGCAGCUGUACUUUUCUUGGAGGGGCGCCGUUGUGAACAUGCAGCUAUGGAGGUUCAUCACGACUUUCCUCUACUUUGGACCUAUUUCGCUUGAUCUGCUGUUUCAUGUGUUCUUCAUAAUGCGUUAUUCGAGACUGUUGGAGGAGAACUCUUUUGCAAACCGGAGAGCAGACUACGCAUGGUUGCUGUUUCUCUGUGCGAGCUUCCUCCUGGUAGUCUCAUCAGUCACCACUCUACCUUUCCUCUCAUCCUCCCUCGCCUUCGCACUGGUUUACAUCUGGUCAAGACGCAAUCCUGCAGUCAAGAUGUCGCUUUUCGGUGUCGUCACAAUAACUGCCCCGUAUCUUCCGAUAUCACUGAUCAUAUUCACGUGGAUGUUUCAAGGCGGAUAUAGAGCUGCUAUCCCGGACAUAGUGGGCAUGCUGGCAGGGCACACCUAUGUCUUUCUGCAAGACUACUGGCCAAGAGAGAUGUGGAGCAUCAGUGGGAAUCCAGAGGUCCAGACCCCAGCUUUUGUGUAA